CGCGGCCGUACGAGAGGAUGCGGCGGAUUUUACUUGGAGUAAAGGAUCACUGACUUCUACAAUGGAAAAGUCAUGGAUGCUUUGGACCUUUGCUAAAAGAUGGCUACUAGCAUUGGCUUCCUGGUCUUGGAGUCUCUGCCGUAUUUGUCUUUUACCCUUGAUAGUGACUUUUCACUUGUAUGGAGGCAUUUUACUACUUGUAUUAAUAUUUGUGUCAAUAGCAGGUAUAUUAUAUAAAUUCCAGGAUGUGCUACUUUACUUUCCUGAACAGCCCUCUUCAUCACGCCUUUAUGUUCCUAUGCCUACUGGUAUACCACAUGAAAAUAUCUUCAUCAAAACCAAAGAUGGAGUUCUUCUCAAUCUUAUUCUGCUGAGAUACACAGGGGACAAUGCAGCAUACUCUCCAACCAUCAUUUAUUUUCAUGGGAAUGCAGGCAACAUUGGCCACAGGUUGCCAAACGCUUUGUUAAUGCUGGUAAACCUGAAAGUAAACUUAAUUCUUGUUGAUUAUAGAGGGUAUGGAAAAAGUGAAGGAGAAGCAAGUGAAGAAGGUUUGUACUUAGAUUCUGAGGCCGUGUUAGACUAUGCGAUGACUCGGUCUGAUCUUGAUAAAACAAAAAUUUUUCUUUUUGGCCGUUCCUUGGGGGGGGCAGUAGCUAUUCAUUUAGCUUCUGAAAAUUCCCAUAGGAUUUCUGCCAUCGUGGUGGAGAACACCUUUCUUAGCAUCCCAUACAUGGCCAGCACUUUGUUUUCUUUCUUUCCAAUGAGAUAUCUUCCUUUAUGGUGCUACAAAAACAAAUUCCUGUCCUACAGAAAAAUCUCUCAGUGCAGAAUGCCUUCUCUCUUCAUCUCUGGGUUGUCUGACCAGUUAAUUCCACCAGUUAUGAUGAAACAGCUGUAUGAAUUAUCCCCAGCUCGGACUAAGAGAUUGGCGAUAUUUCCUGAUGGAACUCAUAAUGACACUUGGCAGUGCCAGGGGUAUUUCACUGCACUCGAACAGUUCAUCAAAGAAGUAAUAAAGAGUCACUCCCCUGAAGAAAUGGCGAAAACAUCAUCUAAUGUAACAAUAAUAUAAUUGAUGUUCUUUGGGGUGGGGGGAGUACUUGCACUGUACCUUGAUUUGUGAAAAGUGGUAAAAGAAUGUUAAUUUUUUAAAUGUAUGUCAUGUCUGUACUUGCCUAAAAAGUGAAAUUAAACUUGGAAAGGUUUG